GUUGUUUUGGAAACAAUAAUUCCGUUCAUUUGUUUUUAUUUUUUAUUUUAAAAUAAAAUCGAAACUGCGUCUUACAUAUUUUUGCUAGUUAUCAGAAAAGUGAUAUGCGCAAUGUACUUUACACAAACGAGUCACAACAACAACAACAACAGCAAACGCCGAAUAUACAUAAGUAGAAAUGGCUAUACAAAUAGCCAUCCUGGAUUGUGACCUGCUGCUCCAUGGUCGUGGACAUAAAACUCUCGACAGGUUUGAUAUAGAGACCGUUUCAGACGAGUUCCUAUUAACAACAUUUGGAUUCCCUCGAGAUUUCAUCUACUACCUGGUGGAGCUACUGCGUGACACAUUAUCACGACGUACGCAACGGUCUCGAGCAAUAAGCCCAGAAGUUCAGAUUCUUGCUGCUUUAGGAUUCUAUACCUCGGGAUUCUUCCAGACGAGGAUGGGAGAUGCCAUUGGCAUUAGCCAGGCUUCCAUGAGUCGCUGUGUGACAAAUGUAACCAAGGCACUGGUUGAGAAAGCUCCAGAGUGCAUAGUAUUCAUGAGAGACGAAGCUACAAAACAGCAGUCCAAAGAGGAGUUUUUCAGGGUAGCGGGAAUACCAAACGUCAUGGGUGUUGUAGACUGUACCCAUAUAGCCAUUAAGGCACCCAAUGCAGAGGAUUCUUCAUAUGUCAAUAAGAAAGGCUUCCAUUCAAUUAACUGCCAACUUGUGUGUGAUGCCAGGGGACUUUUGCUCAGUGCAGAGACUAACUGGCCUGGCAGCUUACAGGAUGAUUUCAUAUUAAAGCAGUCUUCAGUGUACAAGGAAUUGGAAGAACAGGAAAAUCAUGAAGGCUGGUUUUUAGGAGACUGCUGCUAUCCUUUAAAGAAAUGGCUGAUGACACCUGUCCAGUACCCAGAAACUUCAGCAGACUUUCGAUACAACUUGGCUCACACUGCCACUCAUGAGAUUGUGGACCGCACGUUCAGGGCCAUUCAAACCCGUUUCCGUUGCCUGGAUGGGUCCAAAGGCUACCUUCAGUACUUACCUGAGAAGUGCUCUCACAUCAUUCUGGCCUGCUGUGUCUUGCACAACGUGUCAUUGCAAUCAGGCUUGGAUGCCUGGACGUUUGAGAGGACUGAUAUGCCAGACCAGUCAGAGGAGGGCAGUUGUAAGCCAGAGGCUGUGGACUCAGAGGCAGUCCGAAUCCGUCAGGAGCUCAUUCUUAGUCACUUCAGCUAGGUCUGCAUGCUCAGAAUCAACGUGGAAAACACUGUAUGGUUCACAGAGACACUGCCUGCAAUAGAGAAGUGGUUGACACCAGAUUCUGUAUAAUCAGAAUAAUAUAGGUUGUAGGAGGUGUAUAUGUACAGUGCCUUCAGAAAGUAUUCAUACCCCUUGACUUAUUCCACAUUUUGUUGGGUUAAAUUGAUAUUUUUUUCUCACCCAUCUACACACAAUACCCCAUAAUGACAAAGUGAAAACAUGUUUUUAGAAAUGUUUGUGAAUUUAUCUAAAAUUAAAUUUGUAUCCCAAAAACCUCCUUAGUCCUUUCUGAAGACAAGCAUGCCCAUAACAUGAUGCAGCCACCACCGUGCCUGAAAAUAUGGUGGUACUCAGUGAUGUGUUGUGUUGGUUUUCCCCCAACAUAAUGCUUUGUCCUCAGGACAUAGUUUAAUUAUUUGACACAUAGUUUGUAGUUUUACGUUAGUGCAUUAUUGCAAACAGGAUGCAUGUUUUUGGAAUAUUUGUAUUCCGUACAGGCUUCCUUCUUUUCACUCUGUCAUUUAUCUUAGUAUUGUGGAGUAACUACAAUGUGUUUGAUUCA